AUGUUUCCCACAGGGAGGUCGAGUCAAUGGGCACAGUAUGAUUCAUGGGUGGACUUGAUAUACCCCAGCAGGAAUGCAAGACGACCUGAUCUGGGAACCAUGUCUGAUCCAGAUCGCCUUGCAGCCUCCAUUUCCAGCACCCAGAUUACAGAGGGAAACCCACAGGCAUCAUGGCACUGGAUUGAUGCAAGGCUUGGUGACCUUACAUGGGUCACUGAGAGCUUUGAUAUGUCAGAUGCAAGAUUCCACAUCAGCCUCAUUGCUGUGUUCAUCCUCACUGCAUGGGCUCCCUUCCAUCAGGUCAAACACAAUGAAGAGAAGAUUCCAGUGGAACGGGCAAAGGGUGCAAACAUGGUUGAAUAUGCCAACAGCCUUGUAUGGGACCGUGAAUAUGGGAAGACUCAAUCAGGGUGGAAAGCAAAGCCACCACUCUUCCACCUCUGGUUGAUAUACAUUUGCGGUAUUUUGGUGGAGGACAGUCCUUGGUGGCGGAGACACGAACAGAAGGCCCAAACUCAGUCCAUCAAACUGGCCUCCCGUACUGCUGAGCAAGGAAAAAAUGCGGAGAUGAUGACCACAUUCAACACCAAGCUCCAGAGGAAAGGGGUCACCAUUGCUGUCCUUGCCCGACUCCACCUGGUAGAGGCCUGCAAACCUAAUGCAUUCAAGCCUGGAAGUCGCUAUCAGAUAGACUGGAGGCGCCAUCCAAAGGAGGUAUUGGAGUCUAGGCUUGCGACCAUUUCCAAGCACCUAGCCCAACCUCCACACAUGUGCCCUGUGUUCUGUGCAGUGCGAUAUUUCUUGGGUGAUGAGUGCCGUUCCCUUCACAUUGUGGAGUCUUUCCAAGUACCACCCAUGAAGGAGCGAGUGCCCUCCACUUCUUUGGCACACAAAGCUUCAGAGGCAUCCCUCCGUGCUGAUUCUGAGUCAUCAGAAGAUGAAGCAGAGAAUCCUGGGCUGAGUGCUCGUCCUAGGAAACGUUGCCGGGUUCUGUAG